CAAAUUUUUAUCCAAAACCGUUUAUUAAAUCUCUGCUUAGCACCGCCGUCAAUCUCGCCUCUGAUUCCGCCGGCGACUGAAUUUUUCCGGCUUCGAUGGCUCCUCCAUGCCUUCUCGGUCCGCCGGAGCUCUACGCCCCACUCCAACAACCUGAAUCACCACCAUCAACCGCCGGCGACCCCUUCGUGGAUGCACUGGUGGCCAACUUCAACAAAAUCGACGGAACUGCGGCACCGCCGAUGGGAUUCACGGAGAAUAUGUCGGCGACCUUCCUCUCCUCCGGUAAUCCUUGCCUCGACUUCUUCUUCCAUGUGGUUCCCGAUACGCCGUCCGAUUCUUUGACCGAGAGGCUGAGAUUGGCUUGGAAUCACAAUCCGUUGAUGACGCUGAAGCUAAUCUGUAAUUUGCGAGGCGUGCGUGGCACCGGAAAGUCCGAUAAAGAGGGAUUUUACACGGCGGCGCUCUGGCUCCACAAAUUUCAUCCCAAAACCCUAGCAGGUAACAUUCCUUCUCUUGCUGAUUUCGGUUAUUUCAAGGAUCUGCCGGAGAUACUGUACCGGCUCCUUGAGAGCUCCGAUGUGAGGGCGAAUCAGAAGGAGGAGUGGUUGGAAAGAAAAAGAAGUGGUAGGAAGAGGAGAAGGAGAUCAUCGAUUGGGAGAGGGGCGGUUGGUGGAAGGUUCAUGCAAAAUAAGAUGAAAUCGAGGAAGAAAGGAAUCCAAUCUUCUACGGACAGAGAUGAAAAGAUUUCAAAAGCCAUGGAGAGACAGAGGAUAGAGAAAGAGAAUGCGAGCGCGGAGAGGAAGAGGAUGAAGGUUUCGAUGGCGAAGAAGGCUGUGGAGCGUUACCAAUCGGAUCAAAAUUACCGUCUCUUGUACGAUCGAAUCUCUGAAUUCUUCGCGGAUUGCUUGAAAUCUGAUCUCCAAUUUCUGAGCUCUGGAGAUUUGAGGAAAAUCAGUCUCGCUGCGAAAUGGUGCCCUUCCGUCGAUUCAUCCUUCGAUCGAUCGACAUUACUCUGUGAGAGCAUAGCGAGGAAGGUUUUCCCGCGGGAAUCGGAUCCAGAAUACGAAGGGAUUGAAGAAUCGCAUUAUGCUUACAGAGUCCGCGACAGAUUGAGGAAACAAGCUCUGGUGCCGCUCCGGAAGGUGUUGGAGCUGCCGGAGGUUUACAUGGGAGCCAAUCGGUGGGAAUCAAUCCCUUACAACAGAGUAGCAUCUGUCGCCAUGAAGAACUACAAGGAAAAAUUCGUAAAACACGACGGCGAACGAUUCGCUGAAUACUUGAAAGAUGUCAAGUCUGGGAAGACAACGAUCGCCGCCGGGGCAUUGCUUCCCCACGAGAUCAUAAAGUCUUUGGACGAGGAUGGGGAAGACGGCGGAGAAGUUGCAGAGCUUCAAUGGAAGAGAAUGGUGGAUGAUUUGUUGAAGAAAGGGAAGUUGAGAAACUGCAUUGCUGUCUGCGAUGUCUCUGGAAGUAUGAUUGGGAUUCCCAUGGAGGUUUGUGUUGCUUUGGGUCUGUUGGUUUCUGAACUGAGCGAAGAUCCAUGGAAGGGGAAGGUGAUCACAUUCAGUGAGAGCCCCGAGCUCCAUUUGAUAAAAGGGAACAGUCUGAAAUCGAAGUCCGAUUUCGUGAGGGAGAUGGAAUGGGGAAUGAACACUGAUUUUCAGAAGGUUUUUGAUCAAAUUCUGAGAGUGGCUGUGGAUGGGAAGUUGAAGGAAGAAGAGAUGAUAAAGAGGGUGUUCGUUUUCAGUGACAUGGAGUUCGAUCAAGCAUCACCCAACUCGUGGGAAACAGAUUACCAACUCAUAACCAGAAAAUUUGCACAGAAAGGGUAUGCAUCGGCUGUUCCACAGAUUGUGUUUUGGAACUUGAGACAUUCAUCGGCGACGCCCGUGCCCUCGACGGAGGAGGGGGUGGCGCUGGUGAGCGGAUUCUCGAAGAACUUGCUCAACUUGUUUCUGGAUGGCGACGGCGUAAUCCAACUGGAGGCGGUCAUGGAGAUGGCCAUCUCCGGCAAAGAGUAUCAGAAGCUUGUUGUUCUUGAUUGAUCAACCAAACCAAGGUACGUUAGAUGUAAUUUACUUUUGAUUUUCACCUUGUUUUGUUUUUACUUUUUGAGGUUUUUCCAUAGAAAAAAAGGGAAGGAAAGAAAUGCAGAAGUUAGUAUGAUCAAUGAAUAAAACUUGGUAAUAUGGAGUUUA